GCGACCAGACACAUGGGCCAUCACUCCUAUCUGGUCAGGCGCAUCACUAGGGCAUAUGUUUCUUGUUCUGCUCUUGUGACCUCAGCUCAGAACACCACCGUCGCCUGGCCAGGAUGGAAGUGUCCGCCCUCGCUCCGCAUCUUCCGUACUCCGUCUUCCGUCCUCAUCCUCUCAGCAGACAGGCCGUCCUCAGCGGUCCCUACGGCCUGCCCUGGCCCUGCCCGGCACCGACGUGUUUCCACCCGGGACUGUCCCCUCUGGUCAAGCCCAGUGAACUUCCCGUCUUCUACCCCAGGAUUAACUUCGGGCUCCCCGCCUCCAGUGGGAAACCGUCUCCACCGACAGCCGACACUCAUCCUGUCCAGCCCAGAGUCGCGUCCUUCGGACCCAUCCCCGGGCUCCUGCCGACGGCCAGGGACCGACGCGUCCAGAACAGUCCCUCGGGCUCCGACAGGACGUCCCCCCGGGUACCGUCCACGUCACCUUCGCUGGAGAAGACCGUGAGUGACCGUGCCGAGUUCCGCCUGACCAAAGACAAGUCCGUGUCUAGAGAAGUGGACAUCAGCGGCGGCAAGAGGAAGAGACCGGAGAAGAAGUUCCCCUGUCCGUUCUGUACGGUGUGUUGCGCCAACAACGGACAGCUGAAAGGGCACUUACGGGUCCAUACUGGAGAGCGGCCGUACCCGUGUGACCACCCCGGCUGCGGACGCGCCUUCGCCCGGAACGAGGAGCUGACCAGACACCGCCGGAUCCACACCGGGGUCCGCCCCUACCCCUGCACGGAGUGCGGCAAGGCCUUCAGCCGGAAGGACCACCUGACCAAGCACGCCAAGACGCACCUGAAGGGCGCCGAGAGGAGGGCGCUACUGCGGAGGGACCCGGUGACCAGUGGGUCGGACGCACUCACACGACACACCUGGACGACCCACGGUGUACAGAGGAAGUCACGUGAGCGGCCGUACCCGUGUGACCACCCCGGCUGCGGACGCGCCUUCGCCCGGAACGAGGAGCUGACCAGACACCGCCGGAUCCACACCGGGGUCCGCCCCUACCCCUGCACGGAGUGCGGCAAGGCCUUCAGCCGGAAGGAUCACCUGACCAAGCACGCCAAGACGCACCUGAAGGGCGCCGAGAGGAGGGCGCUACUGCGGAGGGAUCAGGUGACCAGUGGGUCCAACGCACUCACACGACACACCUGGACGACCCACGGUGUACAGAGGAAGUCACACUGACACUGAUGUGGUCAUAGACUUUGUAAAUUUAUUCCAAAUGAGAAUUGUCAGUGACUG